GCCUGGGCCAAGUUGGAUUGUUUCAGAUUGAUUUUCAGGCUAAAACAGGACACAAAGUUAACAUUUUGAGCUAGGAGUUAAAUAAAAUUAAUUAAGAGCAAAAAUAUUAAUUUAGGAACACACUUUUGUUUUGGGCAUGAGCAAAAUUAUCACUCCUGAAAUUACUGAGUGAGUUAGGCGAGUAACCCAUGAAGGUUUGCAAGUUAAAUACUCAGCAAGUACUUUACAGUUAUGCUGCUCAGUAUGUACACAAGUGGACGGCUCAUUUGUACAUCAUGAGUAAUGAUCUAGAUCUAGAGGAGAAGAGAGACACAUUGUCUUCAUCAUCGAGUACAGUUUGGAGUAAAGGUGAUGUGUGUCUUGCUCCAUGGUCAGGUGAUGGGUCACCGUACAAAGCUGUCAUUAAGAAGCUGAACCGUCGCCAAAAUGGCAAGUAUUAUGCCACAGUGAAGUUUUCCCAGUAUGACUCUGAUGAUAAUGAGGAACUACCUAUCUCCAGUCUUCAGAAAGUACAGUCCCCAAAGACAGACAAUACUACAAAACACAGGAAGACAAGAGACACAGAUGAUAAUGUGGAUUUUAACUCAAGUCUUUUCAAGCCACUUUCAGGAAAUGAGGAUGACAGAUGGCUACUUGAAAAGUUUGAAAAUGCAGACCCAAGUGAGGAACGUUUGGAAAAGUUGAUGCAUCAACAGCCAAAACCAAAUGGUAAAGGCAAAGUCUCCAGAUGGAAGAUCAACACCGAAUCUGCCGACAAAAAAACAUCCCAAACCAAGGCUAAAAAGGGCAUUGUGGCAACUGGUGGAACUCCCAAAUCAGAGAAAAAGUUGACUCACAAAAAGUCUUUCACUGGUUUGACGAUCCAUGAUUCUCAAGAACCUGGUACAAGUACAGGUGGGUCUACUACACACAAAGCUAUCUCCCAAGCCAAAGAGUUCAAGCAAAGGGAAAGCAUUCCACAGCAUGAUCUUAAUUUGGAUGAAGAUCCACUGGAAACGUGGGAUGUCCUAUCUUCUGUCUCGUCAGUGGUCACACUUGAACAAAAUUCUGGACAUGAGGAACAGAAAAUGGCCAAUUCUUUUCCAUGUGUCAGUGAAGGGUUUUCUGAGAGUGAUAUGGAAAAGCCUCGAUUCUCAUUCACACCUUCAGCUAUCAAAGUUGCUUAUCAGCUUUCUGAAUUGGAUGAAACUCCUGUAAUUGAGGUACCAGCCACAAUCAACCAGUACUUGCGAGACUACCAGAGAGAAGGAAUUAAGUUUAUGUACUCUCACUAUAAAUGUGGUCGUGGUGCCAUUCUUGGAGAUGAUAUGGGACUGGGCAAGACUGUUGAGGUAAUUGGACUUUUGGCUGCUUUACUUCACAAGAAGGGAAACAGAGUGGAUGUGAUGAGACAGAAACCAAGGUUUAUCAGAAAGCUUUCUGAGCAUGCUGAUCUGCUGGAAGAUACCGAGAACAAGAAACAGUUUCUGAUCAUUGGUCCAGGCAGUGUCUUGUAUAACUGGCUUGAUGAGCUCGACACCUGGGGCUACUUUGUUACCAGCAAGUACCAUGGAACAAACAAGGAAUCUUGUUUAGUGGACAUCAAGAACAAAAAGGUGGAAGUCGUAAUCACAACUUUUGAAACCUUCAGAGAUAAUGUGGAUGAACUUCAUUCUCUUGACUGGGAUGCUGUAAUAGUUGAUGAAGUCCACAGAAUAAAGAGUCUGAAAGCUCAGACUACUCAAGCACUGCGGACACUGGUUACGAAGAAGCGGUUUGGUUUGACGGGGACACUUCUUCAGAACAAUAUGACAGAACUUUGGUCAAUACUUGACUGGGCCCAGCCUGGAGUUUUGGGUUCUUAUGACUUAUUUGACACUGAGUUUGCAUAUCCUAUUGAGAAGGGUCAAAAACAUGAUGCUACUAAGCGCGAAUUAGCUGAGGCUAGAAAAAAAAAGGAAAAGUUUGCACUGAUACGAUCUAACCUGAUGAUUAGAAGAACGAAGAAACUUAUUGCUGACCAGUUGCCAGAGAAAGAGGACAACAUAGUGUUCUGCAAGCUGUCUGCAUUACAAGUGAGUGUGUAUAAGGCAAUCCUUGGACAUCCUGACAUGAAGAUUGUACUCAAGAUGAAUGACCCAUGUGAUUGCAGGAGUGGCAGCACCAGAGGGCGCUGUUGCUUUAGGAAAGGAAGCAAUGGUUUUUCCCCUGCAGCUCUGUGCCUGUCCUUCAUGCACCUACUUCUGAAAGUUGCCAACCAUGUGGCUCUGUUGAUUCCACAUGCCAAGAUGGCAGACAACCAGAUCAAGCGUUCUAAAGAGAUUUGUGAUAUUGCGUUCAAAGAUCAUCCACAGUUUGUAGGUUUAACACGGGACGCAUCCUUCAGAACGUUGUCAGAUCCUAAGUACUGUGGAAAAAUGAAGGUUCUACAAGGUCUCCUGUCAGUGUUUGAGAAAACACACAGCAAGGUUCUGAUUUUCUCAUAUUCCACCAGGUUGCUGGAUAUCCUGGAGCAAUACAUCAUAGCAUCUGGUCAUGAGUACCGCCGCAUUGAUGGAUCAGUCAACAAUCGACAAAGGCUGGAUAUUGUUCGUGAAUUUAACAAAGACCCCAAUAUUUUUAUUUGUCUAAUAUCUACAAAAGCUGGAGGUCUUGGUCUGAACCUGACUGGUGCCAACAAAGUGGUGAUCUUUGACCCCAACUGGAACCCCAGCCACGACCUUCAGGCACAGGAUAGAGCAUACAGAAUUGGUCAGAGGAAGAACGUACAAGUGUUUCAUUUGAUCUCCGUGGGAACAAUAGAAGAAAAUGUUUAUCUGAGACAAGUGUAUAAACAGCAACUUGACAGCGUUGCUGUGGGAACUGAAAAUGCCAAGAGGUUAUUUCAUGGAAUCCAGGGAGACCCGAUGCAGACAGGGGAGUUGUUUGGUGUUAAAAACAUGUUCAAACUGCGUACAGGGGAAUCAUGUCUCACCAUGGAUGUCUUGCAGAGAAAUGCGAAGAUUGAAGCAGAGCUUGGAGGUUGUGAUGUAGCCAAGUACGUCCCACUGUCAGGACAGACUGAUGAAGAGAACAGUGAGGACGAGAAAGAUUCUGUAGAAACCAGUUCUGAUGAGGAAAGUGUCUACACAAAGGGAUCAGAGUUUGCUGCUUUCUUUGAUUCAGAGGACUCGGGAGUGGAUGAACUUGAUGGAGUCGCAGAGUGUCACAUGAAGUCAUCUGGACGUCCAGGAGUUCCAGCAGACAUUAACAAACACACAAAAGGAACACCAUCUGUAGGAGGAGACAAGACUGCCAGAGAUAAAAAGUUGGUUUCAAACCUGGAAAGACCAAGGGCAGUACCACCACUGGCAGCUAGGAAGAACAAGAGCAAAACUGCAGAAGUUAUAGAUGAUGAUAGACUUAAUGAAGCGCUCAUAGAUCAUUCGCCACCUCGCUCAUUUUCCUCUGUUAGCUCCGUGUUUGAGAUGUGUGGUGUUCUGCAUGUUCAUGCAAACGACAAGAUGGUUGGUCCCAGCAGAGCAGAGGAGCACAUGAGUCGAAAAGCGAUGCAGGAGGUCUACGAGCUACACAAGAACUCACAAGAGCCGGCAAUGCAAGUGGAUCCAUACUCCGAGUCCAAUGAUGAAGCACCAGACCCACCAGAAGUGAAAAAGUUGUAUAACAGAUCAAGUCGUCAGAAGAAAAAACAUGACCACAAUACACCACAAGCAAUAGAGCACAAGUCCACCAGAAUACUUGUUGGCCAGACCCCCGGUGCAAUUAGACGACAACACUUCAAGAAACUUGGAGAAGUUCUGCAGUACGAAUCACCACUGGCAUUAGCUGAGUCAAUUCUGUGUUCAGAUACAAAGCAGUGUUUUGAUAUGCUAAAAUCAUUUUAUAUUGAUCAACACCCUGAUUUGGCUGAGGUCAUCACCAAGGUUACCACUUUAAACACUGAACAGGAAGAUGCAGCAACAAGAAAUGUGCCUUGUUCAAGAAAAAGAAGUAACAAAGAGCAUUCAAAGUCAGUUGUUUCAAGAGCUAAGAUUCCAAAAUCUUCAAAGAAGAAACCUGUUACUGGAUUAACUUUUGUGGAUCUUUCAGACAGUGAAUCUUUCAAAGAUGAUUGUGACAAAGAAAUGGUUACUGAUCAAAGUCCUGCAUUGAGUCUAGAAAUUGGAAUGAAGCCUUCAUCACAUUUCUUAAAAACACCAAGGCAGAGAAAACAGAGGAUUGCAAACACACGACUUAGAACACCAUUGAUGGGAAAGAAAGAACAAAAGUGUAACUUAGUAGAAAAGAACGAUCAGAAGUGUAGUUUGAAAGACGAGAAAAAGCACAAAUUUAAUUUAAUGGAAAAGCAAGAGCAGAAGCAUAAUUUAACAGACAAGAAAGGAAUGCAUUAUGCAACCACAUGUUUGUUGUCUGCUUGUGAUAAUUCUUCACUUGUGGAAAGUAAUGUGUUUCACAUUUUUGAUGCCAAGGAAUGCUCAAAGGUUAGGGAAGUAGCGGACACUGACAAUCUUUUGAGUGAAAUGGGCUUUGACCAAGAUGUAGAUACGUUGUCAAAAUCAGAGUUAAACAAGAAGAGACUUUGUGAGAGGACACAUUCAGAUAAUAAUCAACGAUUCUCCAUCAUUGAUAACAUCUUUCUGAAUUCAGCAAAACUAAAAAAGCCACCACCUAACGCAUCACCGAAAAGAAAAGUGCAUAUGUCUUCCAAAUCAGCAGAGUCUAACUUUUCCACAAAUGAUGAGAGUGGUUUCAUGUCUGAUCUGUUAAAUAACAGUACUCUUAUAGACGAUAGUAUUGACUGCUUUGCAGGUUCUAGAAAAAGACACAAAAAAGAUGUGACAAAAGUAGAAACCGUUCUUCAUGACAGUGACGAUGAUCUUGACAAUUUGUUUAGUUUCAAGAAAAAGCCCUCAUUUCAUGACUCAGAAAUUAAGGAUGAGGAUGAAUCUUCGCUAUUCGGAAGUGAAAGUUUGUUUUCCUGAAACUAAAUUAUUUUACAAAAAAAACAGUGACAUGAUCAUGUAUAAUCUACUCCUUUGAAAUUACUAAUGCAUUUUUAAAAGAAACAUUUUAUAAUUCUAUAUGGUCUUUUUUUAACAGUUAUGAAUGUAUGUUUAAUUCCGAUAUAGAGACUAGGUCUUGCCUGAUAACAGUGAUAUAGUUAUUGCAACAGAUGAUCUAGAUAGUCUGAAAAAAACCCUGCCCAACACCAUAUACACUACUCCUGCAGUAUAGUAAGGUAUCUUUUAUAUGUGCUUUAGCUUUUAGUUCUGUUUCUAAUAAACUAUAGGUCCUAUAUCAAUGAAACUUGGUUUAAAGUUGCACCUAUGGAUGUUCAACACAGUGCAUCUAAAACAUUUAUGCUUGACGAGACAUUUAUUUCCACAUAAUUCUUAUAUAUAUUUACAUGCUUUAAAAUAUGUGGCAAAAAAUAUAUGGUUAUAUCCUCGAAGAAUCAUGAAGCGUCCUAUUCAUGGGAAAAUGGCUACAAUGCACACGCAUUGUAAUCACACAAUCAGUUUGAUUAUUUGAUCUAUUACCUUAUUCAGUUAACUACAAAUAUCAAUUAAUAAAAUGUUUAUAACCUUACAAGAGUAUUCCGUUGAUAGAUAAAACACAUGCCACAGGUGAAUGUGUACAUUCCAAGUCCUGGAUUGGAAAGCAUCCUAUGUAGGUAAGAUGGGCUUCCAUAAUUUGUUUUUGUUGAAAAAAUACAUAAUGCACGUGACCUGACCCAGAGAUGAAAGCAGACGUGACAGUGUGUGACGGAACAUGCUCUUAAUUUCUUUUCGCCUGUGGCGAUAUUAAUUUUUUAGAGGGCCGUGUGCAGUCCCAAUAUGCACUUAAGACUAGGUGGGCACUUUGUUACGUAAUACCUCCG